AUGUCGAACCUCAAUUUCCCGUACUCGAGCGCGCCUCUGCGCACCGUCGAGGAGAUUCAAUUUGGCCUCUUCUCGGCCAAAGAAACCGAACGCCUCGCGGUGAUCGAUAUUGAAUAUCCGGAGACGAUGGAUGAGCAACGCCUCAGACCUCGCGAGAAAGGUCCGAACGAUCCUCAUCUCGGAACGAUCGAUCGCAAUUUCAAAUGCAGUACUUGUGAAGAAAACAUGGCUGAGUGUCCUGGUCACUUUGGUGUCAUCAAGCUCGCAACUCCAGUCUAUCACUAUGGCUUUAUGUCAAAAGUCAAGAAGAUCCUGGAGACGGUCUGCCACAAUUGUGGCAAGAUCAAAGCGCUUGAUUCUGAGGAGUUCCGUCGUGCGAUCUCUCUUCGUGACCGAAAGCGACGAUUCGACGCGGUUUGGCGGUUGAGCAAGCCUCGUAACAUUUGUGAAGCUGAUCCACCCGAAGACCCCGAUCAGCCGCUGAAGGGACCGCCUCAGCCAAAACAUGGCGGAUGUGGCAAUAUGCAGCCAGACAUCAGACGUACUGGACUGCAACUGUGGGCGACAUGGAAGGCCAGCAAGGCAGAAGAUGAGGAGGACACAGCUCCGGACAAGAAGCGAAUCUUUCCGCAAGAUGCUCUCAACACCUUCCGCACCCUGACCGAUGAAACCCUUGAAAUGAUGGGCCUCAGUCUCGACUAUGCCCGACCAGAGUGGAUGAUUCUGUCUGCGCUUCCCGUCCCUCCCCCGCCGGUCCGUCCGAGUAUCAGUGUCGACGGCAGUGGCCAAGGCUCACGCGGCGAAGACGACCUGACCUUCAAGCUCGGUGAUAUCAUUCGUGCCAACCAAGCGGUCCUCCGUACCGAAGUCGAUGGGACACCUGAUCAUAUCAAGGUGGAUCUCUGCGAUCUACUUCAAUAUCACAUCGCCACGUACAUGGAUAAUGACAUCGCUGGUUUGGAAAGAGCGCAACACAAGAGUGGUCGACCGAUCAAGUCCAUACGUGCUCGGUUGAAGGGCAAAGAAGGUAGACUGCGUCAAAACUUGAUGGGCAAACGUGUCGACUUUUCGGCUCGUACUGUCAUCACAGGGGACCCCAACUUGUCGCUAGACGAGGUCGGCGUGCCCCGCAGCAUUGCUCGGACCUUGACUUAUCCCGAAACUGUCACACCUUUCAACCUUGACCGACUCAAGCGUCUCGUUGCGAAUGGUCCAACCGAGCUCCCUGGAGCGAGAUAUGUGAUCCGAGACACCGGUGAGCGGAUCGAUCUUCGGCACCACAAGAGAGCUGGAGAAAUGACCCUGCAGUAUGGUUGGAAGGUCGAGCGACAUAUUCAAGACGGCGAUGUCAUCCUGUUCAACCGUCAACCUUCCCUUCACAAGGAAUCCAUGAUGGGUCAUCGUGUCCGUGUCAUGCCCUACUCGACCUUCCGUCUCAAUCUCUCUGUGACUACGCCUUACAAUGCUGAUUUUGAUGGAGACGAAAUGAACUUGCACGUCCCUCAAAGUGAAGAGUCGAGAGCUGAACUGGCCAAUCUUUGCAUGGUUCCUCUCAACAUUGUCUCUCCUCAGCGAAAUGGUCCCUUGAUGGGUAUUGUACAGGAUACACUUUGCGGUAUCUACAAGGUCUGUCGUCGCGAUGUCUUCUUGACUCGGGAGCAAGUCAUGAACAUCAUGCUGUGGGUGCCGGACUGGGACGGGGUGAUUCCUCAACCUGCUAUCAUCAAACCUAGACCUCGCUGGACGGGGAAGCAGAUGAUCAGUAUGGUCCUCCCACAUGCCCUCAACCUCGAACGUCUGGAUGCCAAGGGUGAAGACCCAUACGUGCCUGCCAACGACACUGGCCUUCUGGUCCUUGAGGGCCACUUGAUGUUUGGCUUGUUCAGCAAGAAAUUUGUCGGCACCAGCUCUGGUGGUAUCAUCCACACUAUCUUCAACGAGUUCGGUCACGAAGCUGCCAUGGCUUUCUUCAACGGUGCUCAACACGUGGUCAACUUUUGGCUCUUGCAUAAUGGUUUCAGCAUUGGCAUUGGUGAUACUGUGCCUGAUCCAGCCACCGUGCAGAAGAUCCAAGAUGUCGUCGAUGCCAAGAAGACUGAAGUCGAGGAGAUUACCAUCCGAGCUUACAAAGAAGAUCUCGAGCCAUCACCCGGUAUGAACGUCCGUCAGACCUUCGAGAGCAAGGUCAUGAACGCGCUCAAUCAAGCCCGUGAUCAGGCUGGUGCUGUCACUGAAAACAGUCUGAAGGAUCUGAACAACGCAAUCACCAUGGCUCGUGCCGGUUCCAAAGGUUCAACCAUCAAUAUUGCACAGAUGACCGCGAUCGUGGGUCAACAGGCUGUCGAAGGCAAACGUAUUCCUUUUGGUUUCAAAUAUCGGACUCUGCCCCAUUUCGCAAAGGAUGACUAUUCGGCACCCUCUCGUGGCUUCGUCGAGAACUCAUACUUGCGUGGGUUGACACCAACAGAAUUCUUCUUCCACGCCAUGGCCGGUCGCGAAGGUCUCAUUGAUACGGCUGUCAAGACCGCCGAGACAGGCUAUAUCCAGCGCCGUCUCGUCAAGGCGCUUGAAGAGGUCACUGUCAAGUACGAUUCGACCGUCCGAGACUCGCGGGGUAACAUCGUUCAAUUCAUCUACGGGGAGGAUGGCCUUGAUGGUGCCCACAUCGAGAAUCAAAAGGUCGACAUCAUUACCAUGUCUGAUAAAGCCUUCAACAACCGUUUUGCCGUCGACAUAAUGAGUGGCGAUACUUCCAUGUGGAGAGGCAAACUGCUCCAGGCCCGAGAGAUCCAAGGUGAUACAGAGCUGCAAGAAAUGUUUGAUGAGGAACUUGAUGCUCUUCGUGACUCGAGAGAGUUCCUACGGAAAAUGGGUAAAGGUACUGAGGACUCGAUGCAACUCCCACUCAACAUCGCCCGCAUCAUUGAUCAAGCUCAGAAGAACUUUAAAAUCCGACGAGGCGACAAGACCGACCUUGAUCCUCGCCAUGCCCUAGUCUCUGUGAAACAGUUGUUGGAUCGCCUGGUUGUCGUUCGUGGAGACGACCCUAUUUCUCAGGAAGCACAGUCAAACGCUACCCUUCUUCUGAAGGCUCAGCUACGUUCGCGCCUUGCAUACAAGCGACUUGUGUUGGAGCAUGGAUUGAACAGAUUGGCCUUCGACAACGUCAUCGGCGCUGUGGAAAGUCGAUUCAUUGCUGCACAUGCCAAUCCUGGCGAAAUGGUUGGCGUUCUCGCUGCUCAGUCUAUUGGCGAACCUGCCACACAGAUGACCUUGAACACUUUCCAUUUCACUGGUGUGUCGGCAAAGAACGUCACUCUUGGUGUGCCCCGUUUGAAGGAAAUUUUAAACGUGUCCCAAAACAUCCGGACCCCGUCGAUGACAGUCUAUCAACUGCCUGAGAACGCGGGUGAUAAAGAAGCUGCCAAACUCCUUCGAUCACGCGUGCAGCACACCAACCUGCGAUCAGUGGCAGAGACCUGCGAGUUGUGGUACGAUCCCGACAUCCAGAGCACGAUUAUCCCUGAGGAUUUGGAUAUGGUUGAAUCCUACUUCAUCAUUCCCGAAGACAAUGAGGCAGAUUUGUCUCUCCAUUCCAAAUGGCUGUUGCGUAUCAUACUAAGUCGUGCCAAACUCCUCGACAAGGGUCUCAACAUCCAGGACGUGGCCGGAAAGAUCAAGUCAACGUAUGGCAAGGAUCUCUCGGUCAUUUUCAGUGAUAUCAACGCAGACGAGCAAGUCAUCCGAGUUCGUCUUGUUCAGGGCUACGGCAAAGACGAAGACGAAGAUCGCAAGGAAGAUGACGAGAUUCUCCGCCGCUUCAUGAACGAAAUGCUGGACCACUUGACUUUCCACGGUGUUCCAGGAGUCUCUCGUGCGUUUAUCGAUCAGAAGAGCCGAGCUAUCAUUGACACGGAUAACUCUGUCUACAUGGCGAAGAGUGACCCUCGUUGCAAUGAGUAUGUUCUGGAGACCAGCGGCAGUGCUUUCGCCAAGGUGCUUGCGAUUGAAGGUGUCGACACCACCCGCACAUACACUAACCGCUUCACGGAAGUUUUUGAGGUUCUUGGUAUCGAGGCUACUCGUGCGGCCAUUCUGCGAGAGUUGACUCAAGUGCUGUCCUUUGAUGGUUCUUAUGUCAACGCUCGUCAUUUGGGUAUCCUUUGCGAUGUCAUGACUGCCCGCGGCUAUGUCAUGGCUGUUACUCGUCAUGGUAUCAACAAGUCUGAUACUGGGGCACUGAUGAGAUGUUCUUUCGAGCAGACGGUGGAGAUUCUUCUGGAAGCUGCGGCUGCCGGUGAACUGGAUGAUUGUCGCGGUGUGUCCGAGAAUCUCAUCUUGGGCCAGGUUGCUCCUGUCGGCACUGGCGCAAUGGAGAUCCUUCUCGACGAGAAUAUGCUCUCACAGGUCGUCACGGACAAUGCCAAUCUUGGUCUUGGUGGAGCCAUCGGUGUCAAAGGGUCGCAGCAACUUAUUGAGGGUGCUGCCACUCCCUACGACACAGGCUCUCCAAUGCAGGACAAUGGCUAUCUUGGCUCUCCCGACUACGGCGCUUCUUUCUCGCCCAUUGCAGCUUCUGGGGCCGAGACGCCAGGUGGCUUUACCGACUACCAACCUGGAUUCGGCGGUGCUGGAGGGUUCAGUCCCUAUGGUUCUCGGAGUCCUGGAGGUUAUUCGCCUGCCAGCCCAUUCGGCGGUACAAGUCCAAGCUCUCCAGGCUUCUCACCUACCGCUGGCUAUUCACCGACAUCUCCCAUGUUCGGUGGAACAAGUCCAGGGUUUGGGCCGACGUCGCCAUCCUUCUCUCCAGCCAGUCCGGCAUUCACUCCCACAUCGCCUGCGUAUUCCCCGACGUCACCUGGAUAUCAAGCGUCGCCAACCUCACCAAGCUAUUCUCCCACGUCGCCCAACUACUCGCCGACGUCUCCCGCCUAUGGGUCGCCGACGUCACCAAGCUAUUCACCUACGUCGCCAGCUUUCAGCCCGACUUCGCCUACGUCGCCUACGUCUCCUGUUUACAGUCCAACGUCGCCGAUGUACAGCCCGACAAGCCCGAUGUACGGUGGAGCUGGUAACAAGCAGUCUCCGACAUCACCCAGCUAUUCACCAACUUCACCCACCUACAGCCCGACCAGCCCGACUUCUCCCACCAGUCCUUCGUACUCGCCCACGAGUCCGAUGUACAAUGCUUCACCAAGAAGUCCUCAGGCUCGGCCGACGUCGGUCACGAGUCCACAAUAUUCUCCGAAUAGUCCACAGUACUCACCGACUUCUCCUAAGGAGGACUAA